UACCGGGGACCGUGCUGCCGUUCACUGAGGGUUGGGCAGGCUGAGAGUUGGGCACAGAGGAACCUGCUGGGGUUCAACAAAGGCAAGGGUGGAGUCCUGCACUGGGGAGGAACAACCCCCUGCCCCAGGACAGGCUGGGGGUGACCUGCUGGAGAGCAGCUCCAGGAGAGAGACCUCCCAGUGUUGGCUGAUAAUAAACUGACCAUGAACAGCAACGUGCCCUCGUGGGCAAGAAGCCAACGGCAGCCUGGGGGCAUCAAGAAGAGUGUGGGCAGCAGGGCCAGGGAGGUUCUCCUCCUCUUUUCUGCCCUGGUGAGGCCUCAUCUGGAGUCCUGUGUCCAGUUCUGGGCAGUUACCUCUGUCAGCACAGUUCAUGGUAGCCCCAAGGAACAGAGAAGUGGUCUCUGUAGCACAGAGCCUGAACUGUUGGUCAUCUGCUGGGCUGACUGAGGAGCAGAAGGAAUUCCAAAAAGUUGCCCUUGAUUUUGCUGCCAAGGAGAUGGCUCCUCACAUGGCUGAGUGGGACGAAAAGGAAAUAUUCCCGGUGGAAGCCAUGCGGAAGGCGGCGCAGCUGGGGUUCGGCGGCAUCUACGUGAAACCAGACGUCGGUGGCUCGGGAUUGUCACGACUUGAUACCUCCAUAAUCUUUGAGGCUUUAUCAACGGGAUGUACCAGCACCACUGCUUACAUGAGCAUCCACAACAUGUGUGCCUGGAUGAUCGACACCUUUGGCAACGAGGAACAGAGGCGCAGGUUCUGCCCCUCCCUCUGUAGCAUGGAAAGAUUUGCUUCUUACUGCCUGACUGAGCCAGGAAGUGGAAGUGAUGCAGCUUCCCUGCUGACCUCAGCACAGAGGAAAGGGGACACCUACAUCCUGAACGGCUCCAAGGCCUUCAUCAGCGGGGGAGGUGACACUGAUGUGUACGUGGUCAUGUGUCGCACUGGAGGCCCAGGCCCCAAGGGCAUCUCCUGCCUGGUACUGGAGAAGGGGACACCAGGGCUCAGCUUUGGCAAGAAAGAGAAGAAGGUGGGCUGGAAUUCCCAGCCAACUCGGGCUGUGAUCUUUGAGGACUGCGUUGUUCCUGUUGGCAACCGUCUGGGAGCAGAAGGGCAGGGCUUCAGCAUUGCCAUGAAGGGACUCAAUGGAGGCAGGAUAAACAUUGCUUCUUGUUCAUUAGGAGCCGCUCAUGCCUCUGUCCUCCUGGCUCAGGAACAUCUCACUGUCCGCAAACAGUUUGGAGAACCCCUGGCAAACAAUCAGUACCUGCAGUUCGGGCUGGCGGAGAUGGCCACGCGCCUGCUGGCCGCGCGGCUCAUGGUGCGCAACGCGGCGCGGGCGCUGCAGGAGGGACGCGACGACGCGCCGGUGCUCUGCUCCAUGGCCAAGCUCUUUGCUACCGAUGAGUGCUUUGCGAUCUGUAACCAGGCUCUACAGAUGCACGGGGGCUACGGCUACCUGAAGGAUUACGCUGUGCAGCAGUUUGUGCGAGACAUCCGAGUCCACCAGAUCCUGGAAGGUACCAAUGAGGUGAUGAGGAUGAUCGUGGCCAGGAAUCUGUUACAGGGCUGAAGCCAGGAGCUCAACUCCAGCCUUAAGUUACUUUGUCUGUUACAGCUUUGUCGGUUUCCCUCCCCUGUUCACCAGCUCUCUCCUCUGGAGGGGAAUGAGGGAUACCCCAGUGGAAACAGUCACUCUGCCUUAUAUUGACUGGGGUCACGGCUGGAUGCCGCCCACACGCUGCCACAGCUGCACUCUGUGCCUGGCAGAGCUGCUGUGACUUGGCUGGCAUUGUGCAGCCUCAAGAUAUAAAUCACACUUGUGAAUACAAGCCUCUGUGUCCAGAUCUUGAUCGUGGGCUGCUUGCCACCCUUCCUUCUGGAAAGGAGAAACACUACACCCGUCAGUCAUCUCUGCUGAGUCAGGACUGGAACCAGAACUGCAGCCAGAGGUGCAGCCUGAUCCUGUGGGACUUUAUCAGUGAAAUUUUUAGUGUGAGGGAAUGGAGUUGAUCUGCUUAAACCACUCUCAGGGCACAGUGGCUUUUUAACUGAGGAGCUUCCUUGAUCUGGAGGCACUCCUCUUCUGAGGUACAAAUCAACCAAGGUCCUGCACCAAGACAUUUCACUCUCUUGCCUCCAAUCAGUAGUCCCUGCUGUGUACGACGUGGGGGGACUAAAAACACUAGUAAAUUCAGCUCUUUUCUCCCCUCAGAUUUGGAAUCAAUAAAGCAAUG